UUUUCAGCCACGACUUCGCCGGCAUGGCUGGCACCGGGGAGCCCAGCAGCGACUGGGAAGCUGUGAUGAAGGCGGCCAUUGGUGAGGCUAAGAGCCUCACCAAGGCUCGCCAGUUCUCCAAGGCGCUCCACGCCGCCAUGGAGGCUGUCAACAUGUGCGUCUGCGACCCAGCGGGCAACGGCAAGAUGCGGCACGGCAAGGACAAGUCUUGCAACAUCUCGCAGUGCCUCGCCGCCAUCAAGAGCAAGGACGCCGACGCCCUGUACCGGGUCAGCAAGGUCCCUUGCGCCUGCGGCUACGUUUGGCCGUCCUGCUCCCAUCAGGCGCACCUCCUGGCCCUGGAUGCGCUCGCCGAAUGCCUCGAGAAAGCAGAGCAGCACGUCUCGGCCUUCUCCACUGCGCUGACUAUGAUUCGCCUGGACCCGACGUCGGCGGUGGGCUAUUGCCGCGGCGCGAAGGUCCUCCAGUACCUGCUCAAGAAUUGCUCUCCGCAGUCGAACUUUCCCGCAGACCGAUCCAUGCUUGUCAUUCUUAGAGGGCACGCUAAGCAGCCUUCGGCCCUUCUGCUUCAACGCCUGCUUGAGCGCUUCGUCGAUCGUGCCUUGCACACCACAAGCCGCUAUAGGCAACGCCCCAAGGGCAGCUACGAUGUUGUCUUGCAGCGCAUGGCCCACAACCUCAAGAUUGAGGUGGCCCGCAGAGACCCGGCUAAGGAGUUCCCGCCCGAGGUGCUGGGCAUGAUUUUUUCGCAGCUCAGUGCCUCUGAUAUCAGUCGCUGCUUGCGCGUCAACAAGCACUGGAGCCAACUCAUCCUGCGCGACGCCGUGCUCUGGACCCAUCUGAGACUCGGCCGACCGGGCAAUCCCGGCCGCUUCUUCCCCAAGUUCCUGCAGAAGCACCCAGAGAUCAAGAGCCUGGUCAUCCGCGACGCCUCCGACUUCCAGCUUACAGGCCAGAAGCUCUGCACUAUCUUGCACGGUCUGCGCCAUUUGAAGCGGCUGUGCCUGAACUCUGGGAAGCCGGCGCCUGCCCGACAGCCGGUUGAUUUUGACACUCAGGGGAAGCCUGAAGUCCUUGCCACCAGGAAUCGACUGAGCCAGCUCUCCAUUGUCUCCUACGACAUCCUGGCCCCCGUCAUGGGCCUCAUUGAACUCAACACGGAGUCCCUUGAGGUCCUGGACCUCGUCAAUACAGGUCCAGGUGUCCAAAACGCCUUCCGGUCCGUCGUGCUCCCUAACCUGAAGAAACUGCGUAUCCUCAAAGGGCAGGAACUGUUCCCAAAGGGUCAGGCUUCUGCCUUGACAUUGACUCCGAUCGAAAUGGGGCCAAUUGUGAUUGCCACUCCCAAGCUUGAGCAGUUUCACCUGGACGGUUUCAGCGUCCUCUGGUCAUUCCAUCACGAUCCCGCCUUCAGCAAAGACAGACUCUGGCCCUCACUCCGCCACCUGGUGCUCGGCCCACGCUUGCGGUACUCGGUCAGCGCAGCAUUCGCCCCGUGGAAUUCACGCUUCCUUCCUCCCUUGACCAGCGAACUACGGUCCAUCGAGCUCCUCGGCCACAACCCAGACGUUGUUCACAAUAUCCUCUUCACCACGGACUCACAGAUUUCCGCAGCCGCGCCCGCCCACGGCUGGGGCCCGCCGGCCGACAAACAGCAGACCCUCAACUUGCCCAACCUGGAGGUGUUCCGCUGCAUCGCCGGUGUGCUCAACCCCCGUCUCCUGCAGCAAGUGCUUGGACCCGCAGCCCAGGCCGGCAAGCUGAAGGUCCUCGAGCUGGCAGCGUCAUCCGCAGGCCCCGCGGCCAUGACGGGCCCGGCCAACACCGUGAACCGCAGCGACCUCGUGCCCGCUCGGGACCUCGACUUUGCCAUGUCGGAUAACCUGCACACGCUGGGGCUGCACGACUUCAACUUCCACCACGACCCGACCAGCCGCUUCGGCGCCACCAGUCAGUUCGACGGCCAGCCGUUCAUCGACUGGCUCGAGUGUUUUCCGAAGUUGCACACCGUCGCCGUCUACCCGGGCGAGUGGGACGGCGUGGCCGCUUUCAUUCAGAAGCUUAUUGUUCACCCGCGCGUGAAGGUCAUUCAUCAGGAGUAUCUAAGGGGCGUCGCUUGGGAUGAGGCGCUCAAGCUGGCCAGGAAGCAUGGUGUCGAGCUGCAUCACUCUCCGGAUCACAUGCCUUCUCGCUUGGCCAUGAUCGAUGACUAGGAGUCUGAUUAGAUUGGGCCAUGGCGGGCGGUGAUGACUGAUGACUGAUGAAUGGAUACACGGAAUGGGAUGGGACUUAUCUAAUAGUUUCGAAUCUGGGUGGGUUAGGACAGGUGCAUCGCGGCAUACAGCUACGGCGUGGGUGGGCAUGGGCGUUCAGUGGGCAUCGGCAUAUGCAUUUGCACGGGCAGGAGCAUCAUGAAGCACCUCCAUGGAGUCAGGACAUGGAGGGAGGACGGAUUCAUUCUAUCCGAGUUUGUUUGUGUUCAGGGCGUUAUGUACUGAUACCCCCAGACUGAAGCACGUUUCUAGUCAGGCACACCCGGCAGGACCUCGGAAGGUUAUUAGCGAUCCUCGGAUUCCCAUUGCCAAGUGCGUGGCACAUAAUGAGAGCAUUUCAAG